GAACGCAAAUCUCCAUCUUUCAAGUCCGCUCUGUUUUAAUCGCCGCGUCAUUCUCAAUCCUGACAUUGUUUUUUAACUCUAACACCAGUGGCUGAUUUGGCGUAACAUGAUUGGUUAAUCGAACCGAAAACUGAUUCAGAGAGUGAACCCUAGAAGACAAGAAUUGGGUAUUUAGGGUUUCCUUUUUUCCUCUUCGUUUUUCAUAUUCCUCAAAUAAUUCGUUCUCUCGAACAUGGAAUCGGAAGGGCAAAAGGGUACGGUGAACCCAUCCGCAAUGUUGGCUUCUCUUCUUAGUAGGAGGGCCAAGCUUCACGAAGAGCUUCGCAGCAUUGAAAAGCAGGUUUAUGAUAUGGAGACAAGUUAUUUACAGGAUCCUGGACAAUGUGGGAAUGUAUUAAAAGGAUUUGAAGGUUUCCUAUCUUCAUCGAAGAACACUGCACUCUUGAAGAGGUCUAGAAAGUUUCAACCUGAAGAUAGGCUCUUCUCAUUAUCUUCAGUGACCUCGCCUGCGGCUGAAGAGCUUGCAGCUGGGCGAGAUGAUGGUAGAUCAGAUUAUGGUCCUGGUCGUUCAAAAGGUGGAGGAAUUUAUGCUAAUGGACAGGGUAAGCCAAAGAAAGGUAGAGGUGGGGCAAGAGAUGCGAAGAGAGCUAGGGCUUCAAGUGAACAAGAUUUUGAUUAUGAAGAUGAUCCUGACCUAACUUUGUGAUUGAAAAUGCUGCCCCAAUUUUCAGUUAACCAUUCUGCAAAGUUAGAGCCUGAAAAAUUUGCUUCCGUACUGAAUGGAUAGGCACUUGGUGCUUUGCUGUUCCUCAUUCAAUGUAUAUACUAUAGUCCCUAUAGUUGUGGAUUUUGCACAUCUUGGUUGAACGAUUCACACAUACUCAUGUUUUAUGGGAGGCAUGAGUGACCUGUUGUGUUGCAAGGCAGCUAGGAUACAGUAAAUGUUUCUCUGCACAAGUUUUUGUCUGCUAGUUGAUGAUUGUUUCAUUAAACUUGUUCUUUCUAGCAUGAUUUGUUAGUGUUGUAGUAAUGCUGUACAGAACAAGAAAAUAAAGUCAACUAAUUUGAGCUCCGAUGCAUAUAAAUUGAUGUUUCCUA